GGGCCAGCGAAGGGGAAUAUAAAGCCUGCAAGUGUUCAGCCAGCACGGCACCACUCGCACUAGCCUAGGUUGUGGGCCGAAGGAUUUCUCCGAAGUGCUUCAAGGUUGUCCUGGCAACCAGCUGCUCAGCCAAUCAGCACUUGGUACUACGAUCCGCCCUCAACAUCUGGAGCCAUGGCGGCAAGAAGAGCACUGAUUGUAUUGGCCCAUUCAGAGAGGACAUCAUUCAACUAUGCCAUGAAGGAGGCUGCGGUAGAGGCUCUGAAGAAGAAAGGAUGGGAGGUGGUCGAAUCUGACCUCUAUGCUAUGAACUUUAACCCCAUCAUUUCCAGAAACGACAUCACAGGGAAUCUGAAGGACGCGGAGAACUUUCAGUAUCCUUCUGAGUCAUCUCUAGCAUAUAAGGAAGGCCGCCUGAGCCCAGAUAUUGUGGCUGAACAGAAAAAGUUGGAAGCUGCAGACCUGGUGAUAUUUCAGUUCCCAAUGUAUUGGUUUGGGGUGCCCGCCAUUCUGAAAGGCUGGUUUGAGAGAGUGCUCGUAGCAGGAUUUGCCUACACUUAUGCCACCAUGUAUGACAAGGGUCCUUUCCAGAAUAAGAAGACCUUGCUUUCCAUCACCACUGGGGGCAGCGGCUCCAUGUACUCCCUUCAGGGUGUCCACGGGGACAUGAACGUCAUUCUCUGGCCAAUUCAGAGCGGCAUCCUGCAUUUCUGUGGCUUCCAGGUCUUAGAACCUCAACUGGUCUACGGCAUUGGCCACACACCACCAGAUGCCCGCACGCAGAUCCUGGAAGGAUGGAAGAAACGUCUGGAGACUGUCUGGGAGGAGACACCACUCUAUUUUGCUCCAAGCAGCUUGUUUGACCUAAACUUCCAGGCAGGAUUCUUACUGAAAAAAGACGUUCAAGAGGAGCAGAAAAACAACAAGUUUGGCCUCUCUGUGGGCCAUCACUUGGGCAAGUCCAUUCCGGCUGACAACCAGAUCAAAGCUAAAAAAUAAGAUAUGUAUUUUUCUAACAUGUA